CAACAAGACUGCCUUCAGCACACUCUCCGUGGACUGUCCGUGAUCAAUGCAGUUGGAAUUCGGGUCUCCCCAUACACUGCGAUAACGAUGAUCUUGCCAUAUGGAACAUACUCUCGGUGAACACCUUCGCAAUGCCUCACUCGACUCGAGAACCAUCCCUCAACUGUGUCAGCUCCAAAUUCCCCAUGGACACGAGGGGCAAUCGUCGCACUUCGAUGGAGAAGUUUCCGGAUCAUGUUGACCCCCUUGACGGGCAGUCUCCACACCAGUCAAGUCCCAUUGUACCAAGCAAUGGAUUUAUCGGUGGACAGGUUUCGGCGGAUCGAUGGCAGCCCAGGAGAGACAGUGCGUUAAAGGGGUCUGGAUGGGCGAAUGGUCAUACGGGAGGCCAUAGUAGACAGAAGAGUCUGAGUGAUGCGUUCAAGACAAUACGAACAAGGAGGGCAAGCGUCAGUGCCAAUGUGCAUGAAGUUGCGGAUGCGUUAAAGGCGCCAGUCUCGCCCAAGUUAAUUAUACUUUGCAUUAUUUGGUAUCUGUCUAGUGCUCUUACGAACACCUCCUCGAAAGCCAUCCUCAACGCCUUCCCUAAACCCGCAACACUCACUUUGAUCCAAUUCGCAUUCGUUGCCUCCUUGUGCAUAUUCUUUUCAUGGCUGGCAACCAUCUUCCCUAUGUUGCACAAGCAUAUCGCAGCCCUGCGCCACCCUAUACGUUAUCCUACACGGGAAAUUAUAAUGACUACGCUACCUCUGGCGUUUUUCACACUUGGAGGACAUCUCCUCUCCUCCACAGCAACCUCUAAAAUCCCAGUCUCCUUGGUUCACACGAUAAAGGGACUUUCACCACUCUUCACGGUGGUCGCAUACCGAGUUACAUACGACAUUCGCUAUCCAAUAGCCACAUACAUCUCCCUGGUACCCCUCACCCUCGGGGUAAUGCUCGCCUGUUCCGCAGAGUUCAAAGGAAAUCUCUUCGGGAUUCUCUAUGCAUUUCUUGCAACUAUAAUCUUCGUCACUCAAAACAUAUACUCGAAGCGUCUGUUCAAUGAAGCAGCCAUAGCCGAAUCCUCAGGAGCUCAAACGAGAAAACUUGACAAGCUCAACCUUCUGUGUUAUUCGUCCAGCUUAGCAUUCUUAAUCACAGCGCCAAUUUGGUUCUGGUCCGAAGGAAUUGAGAUUCUACAAGAUUUCUUGCGUGAUGGAUCCCUCGACUUGGCAGAAGGUACUCCACACCUUCCAGCUUUUGACCACGGACGGCUUGUCCUCGAAUAUAUCUUCAACGGAACCUUCCACUUCGGACAGAACAUCAUAGCAUUCAUCCUCCUCUCCAUGGUCUCACCAGUUACUUACUCCGUCGCUUCGCUCAUAAAGCGCGUCUUCGUGGUCGUAAUCGCCAUAAUCUGGUUCCAGAACCCCACAACCAAGAUCCAAGCCCUCGGGAUCGCUCUCACAUUCUUCGGCCUAUACUUAUACGACAGGACGAAAGAGAGCAACAAAGCAGAUCGCAAAGCCAAGAUGAUGGACAUCAAAGAAGAGUCCAUCCUCCCCCUCUCCAACAUCCCUGCGAACCGUGCCUCGCCCCCAAGUUUCGAAACCCCAGGGCAGAGUUAUGCAAAUGGGUACGCAAUUAACCUAGAAGCGAAGAAAUCAGAUGAGUCAUCAGGAAGAGAAGGACGAAAAAGAGGCGUGAGCAGUGCGGCCUGGCUGCCUCCUGGAACAAGGCAAGAAGAGACGUGGCGCCCGAGAGAGUUGCACAGCAAUGCUGUGAAUGUAGCUGUAGGUUAGGUCAUCAUUGGGUUAGAUGGGAUUCACAUAUAGAUGGGCUUGUACAAGAGAGCAUGCUCUGGAUGGCGUUCUGGAUUUGGUGUAUCAUAGAGAAUUGAGAGACUUCUUGAUGCUGUCUCCCCAUCUCCGCUAGGAGUGUUGGGCUUCUUAGAUCCUGAAUACUGCUCUCUCCAUAUCGUAACGAAUUUGACUUGAGGAUAGCUUUCAAGUGAACGCUCG